AUGGGUUCUAACUGUGGUGAAGAAAAUGAUCCAUGCCUUUCUGCCAUGCUACUAAGUUUCAGCCCAAUGGUUUACACUGCUGUGUUGAAUGCUGCCAUUGAGCUCAACUUGUUUGAUAUCAUUGCUAAAACAACAACAAAAGCCCCAUUUGGUGUUUCAGCUUCAGAGAUUGCUUCUCGACUCCCAAUUCAGCACAAAAAACUACCUCAAAGGCUUGAUCGCAUGUUGUCUCUUCUUGCAAGUCACUCUCUUCUCACUUGCUCCACACGCACAAAUCAAGAUGGUAAGGUCCAAAGACUCUUUCAGCUUUCACCUUCCGGAAAGUACUUCACCAAUGCAGAAGCCACUGCUUCUUUGGCCUUGUUCACAACGUUUAUGAAUCAUCCAAACCUUGUUAAGGCAUUCCUUAAUUUCAAGGAGAUAGUUCUUGACUGUGAUAAUGGCCUAUACAUGAAAGUUCAUGGAAUGCCUAUUUUUGAAGGCAUACAAUCUGAUCCAGCAUGGAAUCAUAUCUUCAAUGAAGCAAUGGCCAAUAUCUGCACAACAGAAAUGAGAAAGAUACUUGAAAUAUACAGUGGAUUUGAAGGAAUAUCACUGCUUAUUGAUGUGGGAGGAGGAGUAGGGCAAAGUUUGAACAUCAUAAUCUCUAAGUAUCCUUCCAUAAAGGGUGUCAAUUUUGAUCUUCCACAAGUAAUACAACAAGCUCCACCUUAUCCAGGAAUUGAACAUGUUGAAGGAGACAUGUUUGAAAGUGUUCCAAAAGGUGAUGCCAUACUACUGAAGGGCAUAUUGCACAAUUGGUCGGAUGAAAAUUGUUUGAAAAUUCUGAAUAAUUGCUACAAAGCUUUGCCAGAAAAUGGAAAGGUGGUUGUUGUAGAUUUCAUAAUGCCUGAAGCAAUUGGUUCUUCUGAAGCAGAUAAGAUGGUUACUAGCUUUGAUAACCUGAUGUUUCUUGAUGGAGGAAGUGAAAGAACUGAGAAAGAGUUUAUGAAUUUAUGCCAAAUUUCUGAGUUUUCUUCUUUCAGAGUUGUUUCUCGUGCCUUUACUGCUCUAGGAGUAAUGGAAUUUUAUAAAUAA